UUAAAUAAGAAUUUCACGAAACAGAAAUCUCUGCUUUUCUAUAAUCGAUUGCAUCGGGUUUCUAAAAUCUAAACUGUUCAUUGAUCGUCUGUUUUUCAUCUACCAGUCUUCGAUUCAUUCAUCCUCUUUCUUUCCCACAAUGACUACAAGUUGAGAUUGUCCGACAUCUGGUUUUCUCAUGAACCAAACGGAGAAUUAACUUUAUUUCGCUUAUAUUUUAUCAGGGUUUUUGUUUUGAUAAAGAUGACUUAUUACGAGGAUGACAGGGUGGUGCCACAGCUGAGGACUAGAGUGGAGGCUCAUAGUGAUGAUGAGGGUGAUAGCAAAGGGGAGUUUGUCAAUUUGAGAGAUUGCGAGGUGGAGGAAUGUGGGGUUAUUGCGGCAACAGAAGGGUCUAGCUUCUGUCUCUGGAGAUGGAGAGGGUCCGUUGUAUGGUAUUGGGUCAAGUUGGCUGUAUUGUUUACUUGUUUGGGAUUGUUGGCUGCUGUUUUCCUCAAAUGGAUUGGUCCAUAUUUCAUGGACAAGGAGCUCAUUCCUAUCAUUAAUUGGGAGACAACAACAUUUAGCACUCCAGUUCUGGCAGUUCUGCUCUUUGCUUCUGUGGCAUUGUUCCCCACCCUACUUUUGCCAUCUACACCUUCUAUGUGGGUAGCUGGGAUGACAUUUGGUUAUGGCUUUGGAUUUCUAUUAAUUAUAUCUGCAGCAGCUGUGGGCGUAUCACUUCCGUAUUUCAUUGGCUCACUGUUCCUUCAUAAAAUUCAAGGGUGGUUAGAAAAAUAUCCAAAGAAAGCUGCUGUUUUGAGAGCAGCUGGUGAAGGAAACUGGUUUCAUCAGUUUCGAGCUGUAACAUUAAUCAGGAUAUCUCCAUUUCCAUAUAUUUUAUACAACUAUUGUGCUGUUGCCACAAAUGUUAAGUAUGGUCCUUACAUCUUAGGAUCAUUAGUAGGAUUGGUGCCAGAGAUUUUUGUUGCAAUCUACACUGGUAUCCUUAUAGAGACAUUGGCAGAUGCUUCAAACGAGGGGCACUCCCUUUCAGCUCCACAAAUUGUUUUCAAUGUCAUUGGAUUCUGUGCAACAGUAGUCACCACUAUUAUCUUUACAAUAUUUGCAAAGAGGCGGCUCAAAGUAUUGCAAGACGAACCACUACUGGCAUAGGUUCUGAAAUAUAGUUUGAGACAGGGAAAUGCUAUGCGCUAUCCUGGAAUUUUCAGAAUUGCGUGUUUAAGCAUGAUGGAGCAGAUGAAGUUUUAUUUUAUUGAACAACUUCAUCCAUUGAAGGUGGUAUUGCAUGACAAUUUCAAUGAUGCUAUGCAGACGUUGGUGAAGAGAAGGAACGUCUAACAUCAUAUAGACUUUACACCCAUCUUGUUCAUUCUUUUUUUUUUUUUUUUUU